AUGCGCACCUCUCUCACCCUCGCCGCACUCGGCGCCUCGGCCGCCCUCGCCCCGACCGCCCUCGCCCUCUCGUACCAGACGGGCCACUUCAAGCGCAGCAACCACCCGGCCUUCGCCGAGCGUGCUCUCGCCGAGGCCGCCGCGGCUGCCCAGGUCGACAAGCGUGCCGAGCCCGCCGUCAACCAGAGCAGCGGCCUCGCCAAGCGCCAGCGCUUCGAGCGCAAGGUCCGCCGCGGCGAGUCGUCGUCGUCGUCGGCCAAGUCGGCCGUGUACGAGAGCACCGCCAUCUGGUGGGCCACGACCGGUUGGGCUGCCACCUGCGGCGAGAACACGAGCGACGACGCCAUGAUCCUCGGCCUGCCGCUCGCAGUCUACCCGGACAUCUCGGCCGCCUCGCCCCUGUGCGGCACGCCCGUCACCGUCACGGCCAAGUCGACCGGCAAGCAGAUCACGGCGAGCGUCAUCGGCGCCUCGAACCGCGACGACUACACGACCUUCUCCAAGGCCGCCUACCUCGCCCUCGGCGGCGACCUCGACGUCGGCAUGCUCGACAUCGAGUUCUCGCUCGGCGACGAGACGGCCGCCGAGGUCGUCCAGUCGGCGUCGGCCUCCAAGGCCUCGGUCUCGUCGCACAACGUCGCCUCGUCGUCGGCGGCCCCGGCCCCGGUCGACUCGUCCUCGUCCUCGUCGUCGGCCUCGAGCUCGCCCGCCGCCGAGGCUGCCGACAACGUCGAGCAGGACAAGCCCUCGUCGUCGUCGGCGGCGUCGCCCGCCGCUCGCGUGCCCGCGAGCACCACCUCGGCCCAGCCGACCACGACCGCCGCGCCUAACACGAGCGCUCGCCCGACUACGACCCAGCCGGCCAUGACGACCAGCGCGUGGGACUCGGACGGCUACUCGUCGUCGUCGAGCGCCGCCGCCGCUGCCGCCAAGAGCAAGGCCGACGCCGAGUGGGCCGCUUCCUCUUCGUCCUCGGCCGAGGCGUACCAGAUGUGGGCCUCGUCUUCGUCCGCCGCUGCUGCCUCCAAGGCCUCGGCUGACGCUGCGUGGGCUGCGUCCUCGUCGUCGAGCGCCGCCGCCGCCGCCUCCUCGAAGGCCGCUGCCGACGCUGCCUGGGCCGCGUCGUCGUCGUCGUCCGCCGCCGCCGCCGCCAAGGAGACCUCGUCCUCCGACAGCGGCUCGUCCUCGGGCGGUUCGGGCAAGGUCUACUCGGGCGGAAUCGCUACAUUCUUUUACCAGCACGGCGUGGCGGGCAACUGCGGCAACGUCAACUCGGACUCGACCCUUCUCGUCGCGCUCCCGACCAACACCUAUGCCGGCGGUUCUCACUGCGGACAAUAUGUGCAGAUUACGCGCACGGCCACCGGCCAGUCGAUCAAGGCCCUCGUCGCCGACUCGUGCCCGACUUGCAACAACGACUCGUGCCUCGACCUGAGCUGGGGCGCGUUCUCGGCACUUGGCGGCACCGAGAGCAUGGGCGUCUUCGACAUCACCUGGCAAUUCGUCUGAGCUUUCUCGGCGACCACCUUCCCUCCCCUCUUUCCGCCCUCUCGCCCUCAUAGACACUCUCUUUCCCUACCUCGAUACCCACUUUCACGACCUCCCGAUUCGAUCGUCGUUCCGCAACCGUUGUCUUCCCUCGCAAACCCCACGCCCGUCGUCGGCGCCUCGCGCUCGUUCGACCGCAACCGCCUCUUCUUCGUCCCGCCGCAGCAAGUCUGCGCGGCAUCUUUCACACCCGGCCUGCCUUUCGUUACACCCUCUCCUUUCGCCGCUGUCGUAGAUCGCCAGCCAGUGCCCUUCCUCCUCGUUGCAUCGCGAUCGCCUCGCACGAACGG